AUGCUGGAGCUGGCAGACUUGCCCCUGCAGAAGGGCUCCGUGGAGCUCCUCAAGCAGAGAUGGGAAUCUGCCAACGCUACGAGACCAGGCCUGAUGUUCCAGCACUCGCCACUCCCACCAUCCCUGGUGCCAGACAGGAUCGCCCUGGAGAAGAUGCCAUCAGACAGCAGGAGGGCAGAUGUGUUUAAGGAGGAGACCCCAGGUGGAUCUCAGCUGGUGGAGCACGUCCCUGUCACCGUGGAGGAGCUGCGGAGCCACUUUGAGGCACUGGGCGGCAGGAAGGAAACAGAAAGUGAGAGAAAUUCACUUUCAUCACCAUUGAAGAGUCAGCCUGGGAACCAGUCUGCCAUUUCUCAGGAGGAGUCUAGCGUGAAAAGAGGGAGAGCAAUCUUUGAAAAGAUGUCAUCAGAAAAUGGCCAAAGCAACAGCUCAGAAGUGGAGUCUCGCAAACUGGUAAGAGGACUAUCUAAAGAGAGUGCUCCCAGGGCUGAUAACACACUGCUGGAUUUCCAGGAGACUGUCUCCUUUAAAGAAAGAAUGGCUAUGUACAAGGCUGCUGUGUCCUUUGCCCAUAGUUCACAGAAGACCAAGUUCUGUACUGUGCCUGGUGGCCUGGCAGCAGUGAGGAAACAAUUUGAGAAAGUACAAAGGAUGUCUCCAAAAAAGACCUUUGUUCAGUACCAGCACCAGCAUAGAUCUCUACAGGCAGCAGCUAUCACUCUUGGCUCUCUACAUUGUACUGGAAAUUGGUUCUUUGUAAUAGUUGCCAUAAUACCAGUAGAGCUCAAUAAACUUGUGUCCAAAAUGGUUUCUCCUCAUGAGCAAGUUAUUCAUGAAAUGAAAAUGGCUCCUACAUUCACUCAGCACGACACAGUAAUCAAUUCAGCUCAGAAUGAAGAGCUCCCAAAGACUGUAACAGAGAUUUUAAAACAGCAGAUUGAGAAGGCAGCUCAGGAAAAGGCUGUUCACUCUGUCAGAGAGAUCACAACUUCUGCUAAAGAAGUAAAGAAACUGCAGAUUCAGGAAAAUGAAACGUGCAAACUCUGUCAACAGAGAGUGUACCCCAUGGAAUGUCUAGUUGCCGAUAAGCAGAAUUUUCAUAAAUCGUGUUUCCGGUGUCACCACUGUGGCAGUCAAUUAAGCUUGGGAAAUUAUGCAUCUCUCCAUGGAAAAAUAUAUUGUAAACCCCAUUUUAAGCAACUUUUCAAAUCAAAAGGAAAUUAUGAUGAAGGUUUUGGACACAAGCAGCAUAAGGAAUUAUGGAAUUCUAAAGAUCAACUUAGUUCAAUUAACAAAACUCAGGCUGAAGAAACAAAUCCCAUUAAUAGCAUACCUGUUGAUCCUAAACCAAUUACAGAAGUUGAUAAAGGCUUGUACUCAGGUACCGAAGACGCUCGUCCUGAUAUUUUGGAUAAUAAUUUGAAAACCACAGAAAGAGGUAAAUUAAAAAUGACAUGGCCUCCUUCAACAGAUGAUGCAACAUCUAAGAAAACAUUCUCUAUUGAAGAAUCAGCUAAAGUAAAUAAGACAAAGUGGCCCCCAGAAGGUUUUGCUCAAGAAGAUUCUAGUAUUUAUACAAAUAAACCUCAGGGCAACAAAAAGGAAUCUCAGAAAAAUCCCACUGUGAUGGAGCAAAAUAAAAAAACCACCACAAAUUCACAACAAAAUCAAUACUCAUCCACUCUGUCUGAAAAAGAAUGUACAAAUACCUGUAAAGCAAAGAAAAAUGAAGCAGGCAAUAAGGGAAAGGAUGGGGAAGCUGGAAACGUGCAAGAUAAGGUUAAUAAACUAGAAGCACCAGAGAAUAGAGAGCAAAGUGGAAGGGAUAUUAAUGAGGGUGAUAAUGUAAUUAUGGAUAGUACUGGGAAGAAGCAAGAGAAACAAAUUAAUGGAACUGAUAAUUCAGAAGUUGUACAGGUUACUAAUAUUGAUGAUGUAACAGUACAAAAGAAUCACAAAGAAUGCAGCUUGAAUAACAACAACAAUAAUAAUUAUGCCACUUUUUCACAUCAAAAUAUUUGUACACAGAAAACAACGCUCUCAGUUGUGUCUACCCCAAAGACAGCAUUAAGCCAUGCUAUUAGCACUGAAUCACAGCAUGCCUUUGCAAAGAUGGACACUCAGUCUGGAAAUGAAGAAAUGUAUCAGAUGUACAAACCUCAUGAGAGCAGUUCUAGUGAUACUGUACUUGCACAGGAUGAACAGAAUCCAAAAGAUGAAGACUCUCUUACUUCUAAGAGUCUUGCUCAAUUUAAUAAUGAUGCCACUUGUCAGAAGUCUCUUACUAGCAGCACAUUUGUUUUGAAGAAGGCAACUAACACAACAUUGUCUGUUGAUACUGAGUUGUUAUGCACUGGAGAAAAAUCAGAAUAUGACAAAAAAGACAAAAAGCUAAAUACUAUUUUAUCUGACACUCUGAAGACAUCUUUUAUUAAAAAAACCCUGUUUCUAAACUGUGGUCUAACAGACUUUGCAGCUGUAAAUAAAAAAUCCUACAGUCCAUAUUCAAAAGAACAUGGAAAGUAUGAUACAGAACUGAAUUAUAUUAACGCUUGUCAAGAAAGUGAAAUAAUCCAAUUGGCAAAGCCUGACAUAAAUACAAGCUUAGAUUUCCUGAGCUCAAGACAUACAACUGUUUCAUCAUUCCAAGGCAAGAAAGUCAAGUUCAAAUGGCUCACUGCAGAUGAACAAAAAAAAAAACAAAACAUAGAUUUUAUGAUGAAAAUUAAUAAAACAUCCAAGUGGUCAGCUAUGUCUGUCACUCAUUACAAAGACAGUACUGCUACACAGAUUGGGUCUGGUGGCUUGACUGAGAAAACCAUUUUGCCAGCAGUGGUUCUUCUGUGCCCAGAGAGAAGCCGUGUACUUCAAGAAAAUGGAAAUUAUGGACCAGUCACAUUCCACUACUCGUUGCAUCCUCUUGCUGAUAAGCAAUCAGAUGACACAGAACCAAGCUCUCUGGUUUAUGAGUACCAAUUGCCAAAUCAUCCUCCAAGAGGAUGA